UGUUAAUGAAGACUCUCAUUACGCUAGCCAUGGCUGUUGCAAUCACUAUUGCAGCUACAACUACAACUCUUGCUGAAAUUUUAGGCUAUAAGUUCACAAUCAGUUUUUCUCAGAACUUCGCCAACAGUAGCAACUCUGAUGUGUCCUUGGGACUGACUUUUGGCUCUACAAUUGCUCCAUUGGCUAAUGGAUACUAUGCUUCUGGAGCUUGUGUCAAUGUGGGUUCUAGCAACUAUCAGCUCACCACUGCAAGCACCACUUUGAAGGGAUUUGCAAUUGAAUGGAAAUGUCAUUCAACCUGCACAUCUUUGAGUGCAGUGUACGAUUCAGUAAGUUUCUAUGCUGGUGCGAACUGGGGACAAACAACAGCUCACGUGGUGUCUGCCCAAGCUUCACUAAUGGCGGUGACAUAUCCUUUCGGAGUCAACGUCAACAACUCGACUGCAAAGACCGUCUCCCACUUCUUCAGUGGGUUGACUCCAACCCAACUUGCGGCCUCUGUAUACAUGCCAAACCAGACAGAGACCUGGUAUGUCAGAUGUUUUGCAAGAUUCAACAACGCAGCCAGCGCUUCCUUUGAUAGUGGAAUCGCUGACUUGGCUUCAACUUUAGGAAAUGGGAGGAACCUUUCAUUAGCACAUACGGCCAGUCCCAUAACAUCAGAUGGCUCCUCCCAAGAAUCUAGUGGAGUGAUGCCGGCUUUCGCCACCUUGGCCGUGGCUGGGAGCCUCUGCACUUAUUUUCUGUAA